AUGUGUGGAAGAAAUAGGGCGCUGGUAAGCGCCCUGGAUUCGCUACUUAAAACAUAUUUUGAAAGUAGCGAAAACCUCUAUGAUACACACUCGAUCCUGUACUGUGGGGCGGUAGCAGCUUGUCGAGUGGCUAACGUCAGAUUCUCGAAUCUUGACGCAGCAGUCCGACCAAAACCAGCAGUACCAGCCUGGCAGUGCAGGAUUGAGCGUCGUAUCAGUGAGGCCAGGGUGCUUAUCGGCAAACUAUCCUGCUUCAGGGAGGGCAAUACUCGUCCUAGAGUGAUGCGCUUUGUAAGACGUGCAUUUGUGGGUACUGAAACCAGUCCUCAUGAAUACAUGUCACGUGUUACAGAGCGGAUCGACUUCCUGAAGCAGAAAGUCUACGCAUGGGCAAAUCGUAUCAGGCGGUACGAAAAACGAGUUGAGCGAUAUACUCAGAAUCGCAUGUUCCAAAGAGAUCAGAGAUGGGUAUAUAGAAAUUGGGAACGAUCCAACCAAGAUGUGACUGAUGGGCGGCGACCGGAUGAUGAAGCCACUAACACAUUUUGGCGCAACAUCUGGUCGGUGCCUGUUAGCCACACAGAGGAUGACUGGAUCUGUGAUGUUGAGCGAAGGUGUGAAACUGUGCCAGAGAUGGAGGAGGUGAUAAUCACCUCCUCUGAUGUGAGCAGUGCAGCCUGUUCGGUCCCAAAUUGGAAAUCACCGGGGCCAGACGGGCUGCACAACUUCUGGCUCAAAUGGUUCACCAGUUCACACGCUCGCUUAGCAUCGCAGUUCCAGGCAGCUUUAGAAGCUGGAUCGUUGCCCCAAUUUCUAACAACAGGCGUUACCCAUCUGCUCCAUAAAUCAGUCAUGUAUGAGGUAAUGGAGUAA